CAUAAGCACAACAAAAGAAUUUUGCAACACAUUUUCGCUGAGAUUACAUUCUAUUCUUUUCUCGUAAGAAAAAGUUGUAAUUGUCUUAUUUGCUAGCUGAAACUGAGUGAAAAAUGAGUUCGGCUCGUUUCGCGCGUUCCGGGCGCGUCCGUAUUUGCAUUCUGAUGAGUAUGUUCAUCGUGCUCAUCAUGAUGAUAGUGAUCUACCAAAUGUCCCAACACCAAUUGGACGAGAGCCGCGCCUUUCAGGAGGGCCUUAAUGUCCAGAUGCAAUCUCUUAAUGCGGAAAAAGCCACCGCCGAGAAGAGGAUGAGCCUGCUGCGCACAGAAAAGAUGAGCCUCCAGGAAAAAUAUGAGGGCCAACUAGCGGAAGCAGCGCAGAAACAACAAGAAACGGAACGCGCCCUCCAGGAAAAGUUUGACGCCCAGGUGGAGAAGUAUAAGCUGCUGGAGUUAAAGUAUUCCGAACUGGAGGCCGACUGCUUAAAGAGCAAGAAGAAACAUGUAGAGGACACGAACGCCUUCGAUCAAAAGCUGAAAAAGGUUCUGGCGGAUCUGCAUAAAGAUAAGGCCAGCAAGGAGCAAGAGGUGGCCGCCUGGAAGGAAAAGCUAGACAAACUGCAGCGCGAUGGGGAACAUAAGAUCCACGCUCUAGAAACUACUAUUGCUGAGUUCAAAACGAACUGCAACUAUGUGCCUAAAGUCCAGCCCGCCGAAGCCCCGGCCCAUGUUCACCAGCAGCAGCUAAACAAGCCCGCCGAACAGAUGCCCACCACGCGGCACUCCAAUCCCGCCCAGUUGGCGCACAGCAUCGAAAAGCCGCACAACGAGAAGUCCUUCGAUGCCCAAGUGCAAGUGAGUGAAGGCCUCUACAGGAUUGGCGGCGGGGUAAAUCUGCUAACUAACCCAAACAAAAACCUAACAAUCGCAGCUACUAACUCUACAAUUAAGAGUAAUGGUGACGGAACAAAGGAGCAGCCGCAGCAGCUGCCUCUGCUGCCUUUUGCCGUGCGCAACAACCACAGCCUCAUAAUAAACUCUGUUGAAAACUUUCAGAUUGUGCCCAAAUCGCUAAAUGAGAAGCAGCAGCAGGAGGAGCCGCAGCUGUCGGGCGGUCCAGUUUCGCCGCUUAGCGCUCCCCGCAAGAGCAGCACACAGGCCUCGGAGGGUGGAGCGGCGGUCAAGAAGGCGGGUGGUGCUCCGAACGCAUCCGUAGCACCCAAGAUCAGCAGUAGUGGACUGCCGCCGCUCGCUGUGCCGCCUGCCAAGACGGAGCGCAAACUUCCCGAAAACGUUGCUCCGAUUCCUGAGAACUUUGAGGACAAGACAGACACCAAGGGCGAGGCUGUCGAUGUGGACACAGCUGCCGAGGAGCUACCCAAGAACGAAAAUAACAAUCGCUAUGCAAAUGCACAACAUGACCUGGAGAGUAACAAGAAUCUGGGUGUGGCGCCCAAACCUAUCGAAGACUCGGGUGCCCACGAGGUUAAGGACGCGUUGAACGAGCCCAGCUUUAAUUUACCCGCAGCUGGUGGCGGACAGAACUUCUUCGACGGCGAAUUGCCUGCUCCUGGUCCUGGACCCGUUCCCGACGAGCCGGCCAAGCAAAUGGCUGAGGCAGCCGGCGCUGGAGGAGGUGGUGAAGGAGAUGACGAUGACGAUGUGGGCGAUGUGGCCGUGAAGCAGCCGCAACAUUUGCUAGACACUGACAAUCUGAACAACGAAAUUGUGGCUGACCAGGGCAAGGAGUUUGCUGAAGGCAUUCAUCUAGAAGAUGGCAUUGAUGAAGACCAAGAUGAAGACGACUACUCAAAUGUGGCGGCGCGCAAAAAAGGAGGCGAGGUUAUUAGACACUAAUUAAGAUAAUUUUCUGUCAAUAUUGAGCGGCAUGUGUGCAAAGGCUUAAAACCCCUUUAAUUUAAAGCCGUGCUCACACAUCCAUCGAUUUAAGGGAUCUGAAUUGGUAAAAGAUAAUAUGAGACCCAGCAUACCAAUCAAUGAAUUUGUAUAAAAAUUUGAGAUUAUAAAUCGAAAUCUAUCCUGGGGUGAGCACGCCCUAAUCUAUUUAGUUUAUAAGUAAAUUUCAACGUUAUGAUUACCAUCAUUUCGUUACUAGCAAAUGAAACAAAAAGAAAACUCGCAGAAAAAUGAAAUGAUUAGAGAAAGCCGGUUCAUUGUAUGAACUAAAAUCGAUUUAUAAUUAAGACUGGUUCGGUUCAGCUUUACAAAAUAUUUGUCGCAAAAAAGUAAUUCUUUUUUCCACUGCUUAAUCCACAACCAUUUAAAACAAAAUUUCGUCGUAUCUCAGAAACAUACUCUUUUGCUUUCCAUCUGCGUACAAUAUUUCUUUGUACUUGGUUUUCUGUGAUAAAAAUAACUCGCUUCACUGCAUUUGGGCAAUGUGGCCUGUGUUUUUGUCGCUGCCUAAACAUUUCGCAUUUGCAUUUGAAAUCCGUCAACUCAUUUCGCUAGAGAUUAGGUAGCCACAUAAGGUAGGAAUGUACACACGACACACUCGCCUAGCAUUCGAAAACACGACACAAACUUUAUUGGUAAUGAUAAUAAUAAACUUAAUUCAUAAAUGUUAA